AUGGAUUCCGACGAUGAAAAUUUUCAGCGCUUGGUCGAUGAGGAGUUCGGAAAACUCGUUGCAGCGGUGCAAGAUGAAGCCGACGAGGAGGAGGCGGCGGCCAUCCCUCGGCCGAGAUACCGUCGCCGGUUUAUCAACCGUGACCAUGUCGGAGCCGACCAGCGGUUGAUGGAAGACUACUUCGGCGAUAACCCCCGUUAUAAGCCGGAGAUUUUUCGUCGGCGAUUCAGAAUGUCGCAACGACUCUUCAUCCACAUUGCGGAUUGUUUGUCUCAGCGAUACAGGUGCUUCACCUUGCGGAGUGAUGCCACCGGUCGACCCGGAUUGUCGACAUAUCAGAAGUGCACGACCGCAAUUAGGCAGCUUGCCUAUGCCGGGCCUGCUGACAUGUUCGACGAAUAUCUACAGAUGGGCGAAACGACUGCCCUCAAGACGCUGAGGCAGUUUUGCAAGGGUAUCAAAGAACUCUUCAAAGGGGAGUACCUACGGAAACCGACGGCCGAGGAAUGCCAGAGACUGAUAAAUAUGCACGGGACAGUGCAUCAUUUUCCGGGCAUGAUGGGCAGCAUCGAUUGCAUGCACUGGGAGUGGAGGAACUGCCCGGUGGCUUGGAAGGGGCAGUUCACUUCUGGUUUCAAAGGGCUACAUCCCACGAUGAUUCUUGAAGCCGUUGCUGACUACCGCUUGCGAAUCUGCUUCGUGGCCAAUGGCACGCAGUACAACAGAGCAUACUAUUUGGCCGAUGGAAUAUACCCUCGCUGGCCCGUGUUUGUCAAGACGAUCCGACAACCUGUUGGGCCGAAGCAGACCUAUUUUGCAAAAAAACAAGAGGGUGCUAGAAAGGAUGUUGAGCGGGCUUUCGGAGUCCUCCAAUCGCGAUGGGCCAUUUUACGGUGUCCGCUUCGACAAUGGCACGAAAAUGAUGUCGCGGACAUCAUGACUGCGUGUAUCAUACUGCACAAUAUGAUAAUAGAAGACGAAGGCUUUACUGCAGAGCGUUGGACACCGGAAGAUGGUGCUAGCACAAGUCACGGUAUUGCAACCCCUCCUCUGCAGAUGGGUGUACCACGCAGUAAUGAAUACUUGAUUCAGCGCUUCACCAAUAUGCGGAGUGAAAUAUCACAUUCAACACUGCAGGCUGAUUUGGUUGAAGAGGUCUGGAACCGUAGAGGAGGGGGCGCAGCGUGA